UUAGAAGAGGGGUAUUAUUUGUGGUCAGGCUUCCAUUUUUCGUGCCGUUCCACCAUAACGCUGUCUUGUGGUCCAUGUCGCGUUUGCAGCCCAGCCGCCGGGGCCAGCCAGAUCUGGGUGGGCCUGGGCAGCACUCAUGGGGCGGGGCCGAGUUCUGAGGAGGGGAGCGCAGUCCCGGUGGAGUGGGCGCGGCGUAGCAGGGCGGAAUGGGCGUGGUCUCGAGGAGCCCCGCCCCGUCCCGCUUAGACAAUGCCCCGAAGCCGCCAGACCAUCGCGACCCCGCCCCACCGUAGUUCUUGAGCUCGCCUACCCAGGGACCCCUCAAAAGCCAAGAGCUCCAGUCCCCGAGGCUUGAAGACUAGGACUCCCUUCUCCAACCAACUCUGUCCUCGGGGGGGUGGGGCCCCAGCCGAGAUCACAGAGCGCAGGAGUCGGGGUGGCCGCUGGAGACAGGUGAAAAAGAGAAAACUAAGAAAUCAGCGCGGCCAGAGGGGGAGACUGUGUGGAUGGGAUGGGGACACCAGGGGAGGGGCUGGGCCGCUGCUCCCACGCCCUGAUCCGGGGGGUCCCGGAGAGCCUGGCUUCGGGGGAGGGUGCGGGGGCUGGCCUCCCGGCUCUGGACCUGGCUAAAGCUCAGAGGGAGCACGGGGUACUGGGGGGUAAACUGAGGCAGCGAUUGGGGCUGCAGCUGCUAGAACUGCCUCCUGAAGAGUCGCUGCCGCUGGGACCGCUGCUCGGUGACACCGCCGUGAUCCAAGGGGACACGGCCCUAAUUACGCGUCCCUGGAGCCCCUCCCGCAGGCCGGAGGUCGAUGGAGUCCGCAGAGCCCUUCAGGACCUUGGGCUCCGGAUCGUGGAGAUGGGGGAUGAGAACGCGACGCUGGAUGGCACUGAUGUUCUCUUUACCGGCCGGGAGUUUUUCGUAGGCCUCUCCAAGUGGACCAAUCACCGAGGAGCUGAGAUCGUGGCGGACACGUUCCGGGACUUCGCGGUCUCCACAGUGCCUGUCUCGGGCCCCUCGCACCUGCGCGGCCUCUGCGGCAUGGGGGGACCCCGCACUGUCGUGGCGGGUAGCAGCGACGCUGCCCAAAAGGCUGUCAGGGCGAUGGCAGUGUUGACAGACCACCCCUACGCGUCCCUGACCCUCCCAGAUGAUGCAGCUGCUGACUGUCUCUUUUUGCGACCUGGGCUGCCUGGUGUGCUCCCUUUUCUCCUGCACCGUGGAGGCGGGGACCUGCCCAAUAGCCAGGAGGCACUGCAGAAGCUCUCUGAUGUCACCCUGGUACCUGUGUCCUGCUCAGAACUGGAGAAGGCAGGCGCCGGGCUCAGCUCCCUCUGCCUGGUGCUCAGCACGCGCCCCCACAGCUGAGGGCCUGGCCUUAGGGUUCUGGCUGGCCAGGGGUAGGGCAGCAUAAGGAGUAGAAGGGGAAGGAGGCGUAGAUAGAGGACGGUGAGUAGGUAGUAGUGGGGAGAGGGCCCCAAGAUUGGGGGGGGGCUUAGUGUGGGAAAAAGGAUAGAGUCCACUGGGUGAGUCCUCCUCCUCAGAACUAAUAAAACAGAACUGACCUUUUA